AUGUGGAUGAAGACUUGUGCAAAUCAUGAAUGAUGGUGUUCUUGUAACACUUGAAUAGGAGGAACAUGAGGGAUCAACAGCAUUUCAACCUUAACAUCUGUCCAGUGGCCAAGCUGCAAUCCAUAAUUCAUGUUCGUGAACGUAAAGUUAUUUCUGAGUUGAACAUCGGAUUUCAACGUUGGGUAGCCUAGCACGUCUUCGGGUAGCCUACCAACCGUGCACAGCCUAGUCACCUGCCUCGACUACCGCUCUUCGACCCUCCCUCUUCUCCAGCAUCGCGGCUCUGAUGGUGGACGGGUGUAGUCUGGUAUAUGGGUGUUGAACUGAUGUCUCCGCCUGUUAGGAAUCUAAAGUGCCCCUCGCCGGUGAUGUGUCAGUGUAAGGUCAUCUGCAGCAACCGGACUCUCUCCCUGAUGUUCGGUUGCAAGAAGUACCGGUACCAGGAUGAGGAGACGCCCCCCUUGGAGCACAGUCCAGCCCAUCUGGGUCAAGGGAAAAGCGCUGAAAUGCUUCACAUGAGUGACAAGAACCUCGCCGCCAUGGAGGCAAUGCAUGGCUACACGCCACACACACACAUCUCCCCUAUCAAGCCGGUGUUGAUGUCGUCAGGCCACAAUCCUAUGUACACCUCUGCUGUUUCAACACUGGGAAAUUCUCCUCCAGUGGUGGUGAACACUGACACGCUUGACGGCUCCCCCUACGUCAACGGGACAGAGGGGGAAAUUGAGUAUGAAGAGAUUACACUGGAAAGAGGUAACUCAGGCCUGGGCUUCAGUAUAGCUGGGGGGACAGAUAACCCCCAUGUUGGUGAUGACCCCAGCAUCUUCAUCACCAAGAUCAUCCCUGGAGGAGCUGCGGCCCAGGACGGACGGCUGAGUGUGAAUGACAGUAUCCUGUUUGUGAAUGAUGUGGAUGUGAGGGAGGUGACCCACAGUCUGGCAGUGGAGGCUCUGAAGGAGGCGGGGGCUAUCGUCCGCCUCUACGUGCUCCGCAGGAAACCAGCCGCAGAAAAAGUCACCGAGAUCAAACUCAUCAAAGGGCCCAAAGGUCUAGGUUUCAGCAUCGCUGGAGGGGUGGGUAACCAGCACAUACCAGGAGACAACAGCAUCUAUGUCACUAAGAUCAUCGAGGGCGGGGCUGCUCACAAGGACCAGCGGCUGCAGAUAGGGGAUAAGAUACUGGCGGUGAACAGUGUGUGUCUGGAGGACGUGAUGCAUGAGGAUGCAGUGGGAGCCCUGAAGAACACAGCCGAGGUGGUUUACCUCAGGGUGGCCAAGCCUAACAACCUCUACCUGAACUCCUACAACCCGCCACUCCCUCUGCCCUUAAUGCCUCAUUUCAUUCCUAACCCCUUCAGGGUAGAAAGGAAAGAGUGGUCUCGCAUGGGCACCAAAGAGAGGGAUCGCAGUCGGGACAGCCUCGGAUCUCAAGGGAGGGACGAUUCUCAACACAGCUAUGAAACAGUGACACAAGUAGAGGUGCAUUAUGCCAGGCCCAUCAUAAUAUUGGGUCCCAUAAAGGACAGGGUAAAUGAUGACCUGCUGUCAGAGUUCCCUGACAAGUUUGGAUCUUGUGUCCCUCACACCACGCGGCCCAAGCGGGAGUACGAGGUGGACGGGCGGGACUACCACUUUGUGUCGUCACGGGAACAGAUGGAGAAGGACAUCCAGAGCCACCGCUUCAUCGAGGCGGGCCAGUACAACAGCCACCUGUACGGUACCAGCGUCCAGAGCGUGCGAGAGGUGGCGGAGCAGUAUUUCUCUCCAUGCGUAUUCCUCUCCCAUUCCUCUUUCCGUUCCUCCCUCCCCCCACCCUCCCUAACUCCCCUCUGUCGUCUCACCCUCCUUCACCUUACCUCUUCCCCCUCUCCAGCUCUGGUGGAAGGUGACAGCUUCGAGGAGGUUUACCACAAGGUGAAGACGGUGAUCGAGGAGCAGUCGGGGCCUUACAUCUGGAUCCCCACCCGGGAGAGGCUGUGAGGCUGCACCAUAACCCACCUCCACCCCCCAACCACCCUCAGCCAGUCUGCCCUCCAGCCCAACCAGCGCUCAGAGAGACAGAGAGAGAGACACAGAGAGACACUAAGGCAGACACACACAAACACACACAGGGGGACACGUGAAGAUAGAGACACAUAAUCACACAGAGAGAGAGACACAGAGUAAUAGUAAAAGAGAGACACAGGUAUAGAAACCCAGAGAAACAGGUAAGGACAGUAUUUAAUCAGUAUUCAUAUAUAAUCCAUGUGUGGUGAGUACUGAGCGAGACUGGAGAGAGGUGACCAAGUUGGGCGUGGCAAGGCAGGGCGGUGGGCGUCCCCAGGAUAAGCACAGGGUAACGGCUCUGCCAUCUCCCCCUCUCCGUCUCCCUCAGUCUCAUUGGCUGCCUAUGACAUCCCCACUGACAAACAGGCGGGCAAAACCAUCAGCAGCCCCUGCGAUCCCUCUUUUUUUAUAUCCCUUAGCCUCCUCUCCUCCUCCUGUCAACUCUCUCUCUCCAUUCAGGACAUGAAACGGAGAGAGAGAGAGAGAGAGAGAGAGAAGGAGUGCAUAGACUAUGGAGGGACACACAGAUCAUAUUGAGUCCCUCUGACCCAGAGGAGGCUCUAUUCUAGUGAAAAGGCUUUGCUCCGUGUAUGAACAACUAGGAACAUCAUCCCACUAACCAAGACUGGCAUUCGCUCAAUCACCCAUGAAUAGCAUUUGCGAGGGCAUUUUUCAAAAGCAGCUCAAAUAUAAACUCAAAUUCUGAAUUUGUGCAUGCGUCCUCAAAGACAACAGAUAUGGGAGUUGAGGAAAAUGAUGGAUAAUAAGAAGAAAGGAUGUAGAAGAAGAAGAGGAGAAAUGACUGGGCGGUGCACACCACCCUUUUUCCCCCUCCAUUUUGAUGGGCGGGGAGUUUCUAGCAUGUCUCAACAGAGAGGAGCAGAGCGGUACAGAUGGAGAAAGAGGAGGGGCUAACUCACUGUGUGCAUAGACAAUGGAAGACCUCGUGUAUAACCUCUGGGUCUCUUCUGUACGGCACACACAGUCAGCCGUACAGAAGGGCCAUUCUAAAUCCACCCGGCUCUUCUCCAAAAGCACUGGGCGGUCUGCUCUGUUUGUAACGGCCAGGCAGAUUCCAUGCUGAAUGUUCUCUUAAGGCACAACAGCAGAGUCCUUAGCUUCAGCGCUUUAGUGUUAAGAGCACCACAGCCAAUUCUCUGAUCACUCUUCCAAAUAGACCCUCAACAACCCACACACAGUGUUCUCACUGGCCUGUGUGUGUGUGUGUGUGUGAGAGAGUGUGUGUGUGUGGACUGUGUGAGG